AUGAUUAUACGGAAUUUCGGCGUGCGGCACGGCCGCCAGGUGCUCUCUGUCCCUCCCUCGGCACCAUCAUGUCUCCGACUCUUCUCUACUCAGACCACAACGACGACAACGACCGCCACCCCCGUGCCCGGAAACCAAGAAGCGGUCGAGCAGCUCGCCGCUCUGAGCGCCACGGAUGCCGCCCGCGAAGCCAGGCUCGCCGGCCGCCGACAGCAGCAGGAGAUUGCGGCCAUCCCGCGCAACUUCAGGAAGUUUAUCAAGUACCAAAAGGAAACGGAGAAGCUCGGGUCCGAGGUUGAGAGGCGGUAUCUCCCCGACGAGAUCAUCCGCAACCCGCCCCACGACGCCAGUUUGGAGGACCUGCUCGCGGCGCAGUGCCACAUGGGCCAUCAUGUCUCGAGGUGGAACCCGGCCAACUCGAGAUACAUUUAUGGUGAGAGGUCGGAUAUUCACAUCAUCAGCCUGGAGCAGACGGCGGCGCACUUGAGGAGGGCGGCGAGGGUGGUGGAGGAGGUGGCGUAUCAUGGGGGGUUGAUUCUGUUUGUGGGGAACAGGAAGGGGCAGAUGCCGAUUGUGACGAGGAUGGCGGAGCUGGCGGGGGCGUGUCACCUUUUUCAGAAGUGGACGCCGGGGUGUAUCACGAACAAGGAUGUGUUGUUGCAAGGGGGGCAGCUCAAGAUUGUGGAUGAGAGGGAUAGGGAGUUGGAGGGGUUUGAGGAGCAUUUGAGGGAUUGCAGGCCGGUGACGCCGGAUUUGGUGGUUUGCUUGAACCCGUUGGAGAAUUAUGCGUUGCUGAGGGAGUGUGCGCUGGCUACGGUGCCGACGGUGGGGGUGAUUGACACGGAUGCUGAUCCGAGCUGGGUUACAUAUCAGAUUCCGGCGAAUGACGAUAGUUUGCGAUCUGUGGCUCUUAUUGCGGGUGUUUUGGGGCGGGCUGGUGAGAGGGGGCAGCAGAGGAGGCUGGCGGAUGCUGAGCAGGGGGUUGUGAAGUGGCAGACGCCCAAGGAUGUGUUUAGUUUUAUCGGCAAGGUGAACGCCAAGAUCAGGAGGGAAGCCGAGGAAAAACAGGAGAACAUGCAGAAGGAGACGGGAGGGCUGAAGCCGGCUGAUUUGAUGACGGAGGAUGAGGUUAUCGCUGAAAUGUUUGGUCAGGGGGCUGUUCCGUCCAAAUACUAG